CUUCCAGCGCUCUAGUCGGCACCGGCUCUGGGCUCUGAGGAUCUGGGCCGGGCUCUGGCUCUGCCCACUCUCCUCUGCUUGAGGCGGCGGCCGUAUAGGCUUUAGGCAGCCGGUCGGAAGUCGUGAGGGGCUUGGCGUCAUCCACCGGUCGGUCCCCGAUUCUCACCGCCUAUCGCUGCUCCUGUGCCCCACCCGGUGCCUGCGGGUGUAUGUGAAAGCACAACGUUACAUGAGACCGGCAACCGCUGGGUUUUAACUGCGAAUCUGAGGGCAGCCGCAGUUUCCGGCCCAGUCGAUCCUUGCAGACGAACUAUACGAAUUCCCUGACUCCAUGUCCCUGGAAUUUGCCACGUGUCGGUUUUCAUAUGGAACUCUCCCCUAACUUUUGUUUUUAAUAAAUUCUUGGAUUUUUAUCUGUGGCUAUCGUCCUGCUUAGUAGCGAUGUGAGAAAUUUGAAUCCGUAGUUCUUUUUUAUUUCUGUGGUUUUGCUUCCUUCCGGCAGCAAGUUUGAACUGAUUGCAAUGGAUGACGUAGAACGAAGUAACUUCAAUUCAGUUGAUGAGGAAAUUACUUACUGGAAAGAGCUUGCUCAGAAAUACCAACACUGUGCACAGAACACUCGGGAAGAACUGAUGGAGUUCCAGGAAGGAAGUCGGGAGCUAGAAGCAGAAUUGGAGACUCAACUUGAACAUGCUGAAAAUAGAAAUCGUGAGCUUCUAUCAGACAACAAUCGUCUCCGUAUGGAACUUGAGUUGUUUAAGGAAAAGCUAGAAGAACAUCACACGGAGAAUUAUAAGCGAAUUAGUUUGCUGCAAGAUGAACUUACUGAAACUACUGCCGUUAAAGACCAACUGCAGAAGUACAUCAGAGAACUAGAACAAGCCAAUGAUGAUUUGGAAAGAGCAAAAAGAGCAACUAUAAUGUCCCUAGAGGACUUCGAGCAGCGUUUGAACCAGGCAAUUGAGAGAAAUGCAUUCCUGGAGAGUGAACUAGAUGAGAAAGAAAACCUUCUGGUGUCUGUUCAAAGACUGAAAGAUGAAGCAAGAGAUCUGAGGCAAGAAUUGGCAGUACAACAAAAACCUGCAUCAGUCAGAAAACCCUCAAAUCCCUCCUUGGAGACUGAAAAUGCAACAAUGCAAGCCUCCACAAUGAUGCCUUCAACCCCACUACUCUGCAAAGGACCUAGCAGUGUGUUUGCCACACCUGCCUUGCUCACAAAAGAUUGUUAUACUGGCAGUCCUCUGACUCCAUCAGCCAGGAUAUCUGCACUUAACAUAGUGGGAGACUUGCUUAGGAAAGUUGGGGCCCUGGAAUCCAAGCUUGCAUCUUGUAGGAAUUUCGUCUGGGAUCAGUCUCCAAAUCGUGGAUCUUUGCCAUCUGCUCAGAAUGGAAAUCACACAGUCAAAGACAACAAUGAUAACCGGGUGUCAAAUGCUAAUCUACCCCAAUAUGACAAAGGGUUAGCAAAGAGACUUGAGUUUGGGACAAUUGCCUCAAAAGUCUGCAUGCAAGCCACUGUGUCACCACAGGGUGUUGUCAAAAUCUUGCUCUGAGCAUGGUAAUUUUAAACUCUAACAUGUUUUUAAAAUAAUAUUUUUGUAACCAAAUUGUUAUUGCUUUCAAUGGGGAUGUUAGUAAAGGAAAAGUUCUAAUUUUUUUUCUGCUGGUGCAAAUUAGUUUUUUUGAAAGCUAAAAGUAGAUUUUUCUUUCAUAUUGAAGGUGUAUGGCCCAUGACCAUUUUUAGAAGCCUUGUUCCACCUUGGGUGUGGAAAAGAGGGCUCACUUUUAAAAAGGGGAAGUAUAAAUGAAAAAUGCCGGUUAAAGUUUUGGGUUUGGAGCUACAUUCUGCUAAACUGCUACAAUUAGUAUAGUCACAGAGGGGACCUGGCUAAUUGGAGAUGUACCACUAAGGGGAGUUUUUUAAAAAAUAUAUGAAUGUUUACUUCCACAGUAACUGGUAGCUUGAACCUUGGCAUUCUAAACUUGAGAUAUUAGGUGCUAAAUUAAUCCAUUUAGUAUUUAAUUGAAUAACAUUUGGCUUAGUUGAAGAUGCUGACUCAAACUUGUGUUAGAAGAUUGUAAUGUUAUUAUUUUCUUCCAAACUUGUACGUAGAGCACUUGAGAUGUCAGUUUAUCUUAAUUUCAAGAAACUUGUAUUCAAUGAUGCACCAGUAUACAAUGUACCUGUUCUGUAUAUUCUCUGGGUCCUGUUCAACUAAGGGUAAAACUAUUAUAAUCUGUUUAAUUGUGUAAUUCACAUAUUCAUUUAUCAAUUUUGUCCUGUAAAUUCUUUGUCAGCUUGAGGAUUUUGUGCAUGCUUGUUAGCAAAGCAGUCAACCUCUCUGUUCUCAUCCUUGUAUAUAUUUAAUUUGUUACCUGUAUAUUUAAGAUGACAUAAGCUCUUAAAACAAUCCAAAUGUGUUCUAAUGCUUUAGUUGGAAACUUGUUUAAAAAUUGUGUAUGCUGCUUUAUGCAGACUUAGUCCAAAAUGUGUACAAAUUAAAGUGCAGCAGUGAGGUUCAUUUAUUGUAUACUGAACAGUGCUUUUUUAAAAAUUUCACUUGAAUGAAAUGUGAAUGGAAAGGAUAUGGAUUAUCUGAUUUAGUUCAAUGACUUCUCAUUAAUAGCAAACACUAAAGUUGUUUCUGUAUUACAAUCCAGUACAAUGCUACUGGUACAGAGUCCUGUGAUGCAGCCAUUAUUGCCAGUAACUGGAUAAUUGAUUCAAACAUUGAAGUGAUGCAAACUAUAUUAGCUGAAGAAUUUUGCAUGGUUCCCAGGGGAAAUAUUGUUUUGAUAUUUUUUGUUUUAAAAUUGGUGCAUUGGAAAGUGUACCAAGAAAAUUGGUUAGCUAGUUGAAUUGGUUAGUAUUGGAAGAGGAAGGCAGAGUUUGAAUAUCAAUAUUUUUAAUCAGAUGAGGAAUAGCAGUGAAGUUCUUGGUAAUGAAGUGCAAAGUAGAUGAACAAGAGCAUAGAAUGGAUAGUGCCUUGAUGAUCAGUGCCUUUUUAUGAUUUUUCUUUUAGUAUAUAGAAUUAGUUGAGGUUCAAUGUUGUGAACUGGUUUGGUUGUUGAGUUGUAUGCCACUGUAAAGCCAAUAAAUCCUAAGGAUUUGACCUUAAAGAAUCUAAUCAUUGAUGGAACAAAAUUCUAAACUUGGUGUAAAACCUAUAUCAAAAUUUUGAUAUUACCAUUGGGAGGCAGCUCUGAGACUGUUGGAUUAAAGAAUUAGUCUUCAUUAGGUUAAGGUCAUUGCCUUGUAAAAAGAGGUUUCUUGUCCAGUGAGUAACCAAAGCUUGUCGGCAUUAUGCAUGGUGAGCAGGGACUUUGCUAUAAUUCCAAAGCUCAAUUGAAAUAGAAAUCCUAGCAUCCACUCCACCACCCCCCACUCCCUAAAGGCAGGAAAGUGCUAGUAAGAUGCAAAUCAUUAUCAUGAAUCAAAACUGGUAUUUGUAUUUUUGCCUGAUACAAGCUGAUUUACAUGGAGCCAACAAAUCUUUGCAAAGGCAUGGAUAUUGUCUAUUGUAGAGACUUCUGAGGAAGAAUUAUAUCUCUGACCAAAUGACUAGAUUGAUAGCAUAUGUGAACUUCAUCUGCUCAAUGCACCAAUGUUCUGUUUUCGUACCUGCAUAAAGUUUUGGAUCCAUAAUUAUCCUUGCACUCAUUAAUAGAUGGUCUACCUUGGAGAGGGAAGCAUUUCCAGACUUGCACCUCAUGCCUGUAUUUAAUUCUGCUACUUGGUGCCUUAAUUACCAUCGCCCAACAACUACCUACCGUAAUACUUCUAUUUUCCAUGUGAGGUCUGCCUGACAUCAAAUUAACAGGGUGAUGCCUCUUUGACCUAUUAUCAAAAAAGCAUUGCUGACAUCCUGUAGAUUAGAUAUUUGGUGGUAUUCUUUGCCAACAUGAUCAUGUGGUGUAUUUUUGGUUUCCCAACUUGGAGAGAUGAUUGUUGUGGGGUACUACUGCAUUAGGAGGGAGACACCAUUGUUUUCACGCCUGUGAAUUCUGAUUUGCCUGUCUUCAGCCCUUUAGUGCAGUAUUUCAUAAAUUGCAAAAAUCACUUGAUUAAAUGUGUACAGUAUACUACUGCAGAUUUGAGUCCCCAUGUCUAUUUACAAUAUGUUGCCAUAUCCAUUUUGUAAUCCUGCAAUGUAUGUAAAUUUACAGCAUUUCUUAACCAGUCAACUGAAAUAAAGUUGCUAUCAU